CGUUCGUUUCUGUGUAGUCGCUUGGUGUUUAUCGAGAUCUUUGGUGCUUUUCCCGUUCUUAAAUCUGAAACGUCGAUUUGCACAGCUCUAACUAGUUUAAUGGAAAUAUUUCUAAUAUUUUCCAUGAUGUAAAAUCGAAGAAACUACCGAUUGACGAGACAAGUUCGGAGUAAAGAAAGCUGACAAAGACAACGUUUUUUCUCCUUGCUAAGCCGCAACAACGUUAGUCUUUUGCAUGAUCCGCCACAGCGCGAGGCUCUGAACAGAAAGAUAUCAAAGAAGAGAUAUUCCAGGUAUAGUGAAAAUACCAACUUAAAAUGGCGUCCAAUGUUGAGCUCCCACCUCAAUUUCAACAAACCUUUGAAGACGUCGAUAAACUUCUGAGUCAACCCGAAAAAACAAAUAUCAUUCAAAGUAUGAAGGAGAUAUAUCCAGAUAAAUUGGGUGGCUUGGAUGAUGAGGAUUUUUUCGAGUUACAGAGAGCAUUGUUCAAAAUUGGCGCCAUCACAAACGACCUGUCGCUAAUCCCGAAAAUCACUGCUAAUGCCGAGAAGAAGGAAGAAAUCCAAGGCAUCAUUGACAAAUGCGAGCCACUAGAGAUGAAAGAAUUUGUAGGAAGAGAAGCUGAUGUUCAAAUAAUUGUCAAGAUGCUUACUAAUAAGCGGCUUUGUGUUCCGGGAAUUAAUUUUUUUGGAGAAUCAGGAGUUGGCAAAACUACCCUUGCUCAAGAAAUUGCAAAAUCCCUGAAAGAUUUCCAACUGAUCACAAUCGAUUUAAGAGGAAUUCUUGAGAUGGGAAAUGUCUAUUUUCAUGUUCUUGACGGAUUCAAACUGCCAAUUUGGGAUAAGGAUAUAAGUAGAUUCUUUUCACACCUUAAAACUCUUAAAGAAAAAACCCUAUUGAUUCUUGAUAAUGUUGAGCAACUACAUGGUCUCCCAUCAGAGAAAGAAACUGAGAGCCAAAAAGCAGAGUUUUUUGAUUUUCUUCUCGAAAUAGUUACUUCAACAGCUUGUAAAAGUGGUGAUUUGAAGCUUCUUUUGACUUCAAGGGAGAGAUUGGAUGAUGCAAAGUUAAGGAAAAGAUUGCUUUCUGAUCAUAAGGUUCAGCCUUUUGAUGACAAGGUGUCUAAACGCUUUCUUAGUCGUGAUGAGAAACAGAUUCCUGGAAUUUCUAAAGAGGAUGAAGAAGCUAAUAUGCAGGAAAUUGUAAAGCUUUGCAAAAAUAUCCCAUACCUAUUACAGUGUGCCAAGCAGAUGCUUAGAGAGGACAGUUCAUUGUCAGAGGUGUUGAAGAGGCUAAAGUCUCAGCUAGAGAAAAAGGUUCCCGAGGAAUAUGCUUGCAUGGCUGAACAAUUUGAAUCAAUUCCUGAACACCUAAAGCAACUUGCAGUCAAGCUAUCUCAUCUCCAGCAACCUUUCUCUAUCUCCACAGCAAUGAAGAUUGGAGAUAUUGAAUUAAAUUAUAAUGCUAGUAUUGAUUUGGAAUUGCUAGCAGUUCACAAAGUAUUAUCAAAAGUAGAUGGAAAGAAGUUAAAGUAUGACAUCCAUGCUCAGUUCAAAGAUUUUGUGAAAAAGUAUCUUUGUAAAGCCCAGCUACAGUACAAAGAGGCUUUGCAAGAGGGAGAAAAACAAUUUUUUACUCACUUCGCUGGAAAAAUGAGCAAACUUGCUCCAAAUUUUGAUGAGGAUUUUGUCGGUACCUAUUCAAAGCUAGAAGGAAACCGAGCUAAUUUUGAACUGGCCAUUGACAUUUCAAAGAAACGAGGUGAUGAAGUCUUUGAUGUUCUUCUCCAUUGUGACAACCAUAAUGAAGCAGCUUUGAUGGGCCUUUUGCUUGAAGCUUUGAAAGACACCAACGAAAGAAAGAUACUGUAUUCACAGUGGGCUGAAAAUGCAGAAAGAUCAGGGAAAUGGUUGAUCAGUGCACAGUUAAGAUGCUGGCAGGCUUUGCAAGGAGCAGACAUGGAAGGAACACGCGAUGCCAAUGAAGCACUCCGCAUUGCAAAAGGAUCCUUGAAAAAGGCAGAGCAGCAACCGCAACAGCCGCAGGAACAACUGAAAGCUGCCAAAAGCCUGUUUCUGUAUGCCAGUGGAAAAAUUAAGUGGCUCCAUGCUUCAAAGUCGCAGGACUCAAAAGAAAAGAAAGACGAAAUUCAAGAAGGAAUUAGUAAUUUGAAGAAAUCUUUGAGGCUGAGUGAGGAUGCAACAAAAGGACAAGCCAGUACUAUGAAAGCUCGGAUUAUCAAUCUGAUUGGAAAUUGCUACAUGGAGCUAAACGAUCCUUCGACUGCAGAGACGUACUUUCUCCGCGCAUUGGAAAUGAAAAGGAAACUUGUUGGGAGCGACAACCACUGGGAGAUCCCGAAAUACUACAACCAAAUCGCGCAGGUUCACGUCAGACGCGGGAUGAACAUGGUAAAAUCCCUUAUCAAGUUUUGGUAUAAAACGAAAAUUGAUGCCGAAUACAAUGCUGCAGUAGAAUGUAGCGAAAGAGCUCUUAAACUCCAAGACGAUUUGGGUGUCAGUGAUACAGAACACACCGCCACAUUUCAAAGAGAUCUUGCAAACUCUUUAAUCGGUAUUGGGGAUUAUGACAAGGCGCUGUUGUAUGCAAGCAAGUGUUAUGAAAACAGACUAAAACGCCUGGGUAAACAUCCUGAGACUGCUAGGAUUCUGUACCUUACAGGAAUUAUACACGAGUGGAGGAAAGAUAUUGAAAGUGCACGCAAAAGCUAUGAACAGGCUUUUGAAAUGGAGGAAGCACUUCCAGAAUACAAUCACAGCUUUGUGAGAACAAAGAUUCGGAAGAGAUUGGAGGCGAUGUACAAAAAGCUGAAACUAAAGGAUAAGAUAGCAGAGCUGAAAGAGAGAUUUAAAGAUAUAGAAGAGAGGGAAAACGAGAUYUCACAAUGUACAUCAGAUGACUCAGAGGCUUCUGAGGUGUCAUCAGUUGAUUUGGAUGAUCUCAUAGAUCCGUCAGAGGAACUCCACGAACACGAACGUACUGAAGAGGGAACCUACCAAAAACCGCUUUCCGUGACGCUACAUUUUCCUGAGACUGAACACCAACUUAUACCGGAAAAAAWUCUUCUCUGCAAGAAGUACUUGGAAGAAAAUGAACCACGACAGGCUAAUGCUGAWUUCCAAAACAACAGUGAAAUCAGCGAGAAGCAACACUCUGGUCACUGGAAAGACGAUCCAGAUUCGAGCGAUGUGUACAGAAUGAAAAGCAACCCCAGAGGAUUGAUGGUCAUCAUUAACAUCCAGAAAUUUGAUGUUGAUCCUACACUUGAAAACCGAGAGGAGCUCAUGAAAGAAUUGACCGAGCGCAAAGGUUCUGAGAGGGAUGUUGAUAAACUAACUGAUCUUUUCAGUGGAAAGCUAAAUUUCAAAGUCUGCACCAUCAUAGACAAACCAAGAAUUGUACUUUUGAGAGAACUGCGAAGUUUUGCUGAAGACUCUGCCUACAAAGAUUACGACUGUCUUACAGUGUGCAUCAUGAGUCAUGGAAAAGACGACAAAUUCUACGCAUACGAUGGAAACACGGUCAAAGUCUCAGCUGUUUACAACAUGUUCUCCAACUCGAGGUGUGUGGUUUUUCGCUCCAAGCCAAAGCUGUUUUUCAUACAAGCAUGCCGUGGACAAAGGGGCAGUGGGAAAGUCGUAAUGGAUGGAAUGGAUAGGGCAUCAGUAGAAUCUUCAGCACAGCAUCCACCUGCAGAGAGCAAAGAUCUUGAUAUGGCAGACAUGCUCAUCGCUUACUCUAGUUUUGAAGAUUAUAUUUCAUACCGACACGCGAAAGAAGGAAGCUGUUUCAUCCAAAGCUUGGUUCGAUUUUUCCGAGAAUAUGCAGAUUCGGAACAUGUCGAGGAGAUAUUGACAAGAGUUAAAAAGGAAGUUCACGGGCUUGUACAAGAGACAUCGCAAGGCCGAACACAAGUCCCAGCUCCUGUAUCAACACUCCUCAAAAAACUGUAUUUCUGGCCAGGAAUGGAUUUUAAUAAGUGAUCUAAGCAUAGUUAACUAUGAUCUAAGGAAUACAUAGAUGUAAAAAUGGUGAGCUCUAGAAAACCUAAACUUUACUCACAUUCGGAGGACGUUUAGGAUUCAGCGAGGAAGAC